UUCCUCUAGCCCCUCCCUCACUCUGGCCCAAAGCAAAACCUCUUUCUCUCGCAACGAGUAUUCGGCAUUGAUUAUUUGAAUUUACGAACCGAUUCUCAUGACUUAAACUCUUGUCUUCGAAUCGGAAAAUCAUUCUUUACGAUUUGACCUCCACAUUCACCGAUUCAUUUAAAUAAACAUGAAGAUCAACAAGGUCUCCGAUCUCAGCUCCAUCUCCGUCCUUCCUCCUCACACAAGGAAAUCAAACAAUGUGCCAAGCGGAUUGCAAGGACCACAGCUUCGCUCGCAACCAUCUGGUCAAUCUCAGCAAUCAUUUUCUCAUGGACUUUCAUCACAAAAUGCAUUGUUAUCCCAGUUCUCUCAAAAUUCCCUUGAUGAGGCUGUGACAAAUGAUCAGAGACUGGGCUCUCAAGAACGCGAGAACUCUUUGAAAAGGCUUUCUUGCUUGCCCGCAAUUACAUAUGGACGGGAAGAAAGUCAGCCACCUAACUCCAGAUCUUCAGCCAAUUUCGUGCGCAAAUGGAAUUCUGUAGAUCUUAAAAGUCAGUUAAGUGAAGGACUUGAACACCGAAUUGGAAUGAUGGAAACUUCAUUGAGCAGGUUUGCGAUGAUCUUGGAUUCCAUUCAAAAUGAUGUAAUGCAAGUAAACAAAGGAACAAAGGAAGUUACUUUGGAGAUGGAAUGCAUGAGGCAGAAGUUGAUUGCUCAAGACAGCACACUUCAGUUAAUGACCAAAGGACAAGAAGAACUUAAAACAAACGUUGAUGGGAGCUUGAAAUCUUUAUCUGAUCAAGUGAGCAAGGUCACAAGCCAAGACAAGUUACAUGAAACAUUUUUGGUUGUUUCGACAUUGCCACAGUUAAUUGAAGCAUCUCUGCAGAAUCUGCAAAAGGAAUUACAUAGCAACUUUUCCGAGGAAAUGCAGGCACUUUCUUGCAGCUUAAAAAGCCUUAACAAAAAAGAUUUGGCUCCAUCUACUACAUCAACAAAGAGUAUCCGCAACCCUGUCACUGCACCAAAAAAGCCUCAGGUUCAUGCUAGUGGUGUUAAAAUUAGUGUACGAGCUACUAAAGCACCAGAGGGAGGAAAUGAAGGCUGGAAAUCGAUCAAAAAAGUUACUUUUGGGGAUAGAUUGUCAGACAAAGAGCACGAGCAAAAAGAGCCUUGCUCAGCAAAGCAUACUAGGGGAGAAAGAGAAUGUAGAAUUAUCAUUGAAUCGGAUGAGGAAGCUGAUGGAAGUUUUUCGUGCCUGCCUGAAAAAUGCACAGUCUAUAAAUAACCAAGCUUCAUUUGAAUGGGAAUUAACUGCUGGAAAUGUAUGUUUCCAUGGAAAGACCUAUACGGAAAAUGGACAAAGGAAGCGAAGGAAGAAAGUGAACGGAUUUUGCGGGAAGCAAGAAGGCGUAAGAGAAAGCAUUGUGAUACUAUAAUUAUCAACUGAAGGUACAUUUUUUAGCUGUGAUUUCAAUCUAUCAUCCCUCUGGCUUACAUGAAAAAUAAUAAUACAGCAAGAGCAGGCACAGUCUCUGAACAAGUAAAGGCAAACGAUGAACCAGCCCAAGAAAGGAGGCCCAGAACGAAGACCAAACCCAGCAGGUUUAAUCAUUACAUACUAAUGUUACCAAAAGAGAAAAGCAGAUUACAUUCUAAACAAGCCUUAAUUUGACGGGCACAAGUUAGUAGAACAAGAGUUGUUACACCUGUUAAAACUCACUUGUUUCUAUACUUUGUAGUCCUGUUGGAGGGAAGUUAUAUAAAUAGGUAGGUAAGUCAAGUAAUUUUUGAUCUAAUACUUCGUAAGGAGCUUCUGGGGUCUCUUGUAAGAGCAUUUUCAUUCAAUAAUACUUGUUUUUCCUCUCAUCA